AUCGAGCUCGCCAUCCUGCGCUUCCCGUACGACUCGUGGGGCACGCCCUUCCAGCAGCUGAAGCAGGUGGUGGAGGAACCCUCGCCCCAGCUUCCUGCAGAACAGUUCUCCCCCGACUUUGUGGACUUCUCCUCCCUGUGCUUAAAGAAAGUUUCAAAAGAGCGGCCGACUUACACAGAACUCAUGCAACAUCCCUUCUUCACCUCCCAUGAGGCCAAAGAAACCGACGUGGCUAGCUUUGUGAAAAUCAUCUUGGGAGACUGAGUGGCCACAGAAGGAAGGGAGGAUCUGUUAAUAAGAAGAAAUACAAACAAACAAAAAAGCACCAAUCGCAGCCUCUGUUACCUGUAGCCUGCUCUCACCCCUCCCUCCAGAAAGGAGCAUCAGAAGGAGACGCUGACUCGGCACAGAGAGGAGUUUGCCCCCAUUAUAUCCUCUCUUCAUUAUCUGACACGGGAAGGGUGGGGGAGACGGGUUCCUCACACAUAAUCUGGAAUCAUUUAAGAUAUCUGUAUGCCCCUGUGCACCGCCUACUUCUCAUACAGUCGUUUUGCUAGUGAAAAGAAGUGCAGAUUAUAUAAAAAAAAAGAUGAAUGAUAUAAUGCUAUCUAUGUAUAAUCUAAAUGUUUGUAUACUCAAAGCUAGUGUUGCAUCGGUUUCAUUGACUGCAUGUACAUAAUAUAUCUCGGGGGGAAAAGAGGAGUUGCAGAGUCCGACAGUCGGAUAUAUGCAGAUUUGCGGCCUUCGCUUCAAGGCCUGAAAUAGGUACUGCACACCAACUGCUUUCCCUAGAUUACAAAGACUACCUGUUUUAGGUGUGUGUGUGUGUGUGUGUGUGUGUGUGUGUGUGUGUGUGUGUGUGUGUGUGUGUGUGUGUGUGUGUGUGUGUGUGUGUGUGUGUGUGUGUGUGUGUGUGUAGGGCUGCACGAUUUUGGGUGAAAUCUAUUUUUAGGUUGGGAUAAGGAUUUACUCUCACUAUUCUGAGGGUAACAUUGUAUUUAAAUGUUUCCUCUGCAGCCUCGUCAUACCUUAUGCUCCUGUUAUUUAUGAUUUUGGGGGCAGAAUUAUUGUGUCAUUUUCAUACCAGGUACAUUCAUUUUGUCGUAGCGCUUUGAUGCUAGCAAGACAUUAGCACCUGCUAAUUGUGCUAAUAUCUGAAACACUCGGUUUUUCCAAGUAUAUGUUAAAAAAAAAACUUUGACUCAACACAGUAACUUCAUUAAUUCUGACACUUUACAUGUUACAACAUUUGUAAAACAGUCCCCAAUGGAAAUGAGUUUAGGGAAAACUAGCAGCACUUAGCUUGUUGCAGCUAAUGCCCCCGCUAAUGCUAA